AUGAAUCGUCUCAACGUCGAGGAGGCAACUCGCGAGGAACUCAUUGCCGUUGUGAAGCAGCUAUAUCAGCAGUUGCGGCAACAACGUACGAGCUCAGAGCGUGUCAAGGAACUCGAGAAACAGGUAGAACAAUUGAAACAAAAACUGCGUGAGAAAGAGAGCGCAGUGCAGGAUUUAGCAAAACAGAAUGCCAUUUUCUCAGAGAAGUCUGUAGCGGAUGAAGAAACAAUCAGUGUUUUAAUCAAACAGUUAGAAGAAAUGAAUGUGGGGGAUAACAACCAGGCGUUCAGCGACGACAUCGUGGAGGCGCGUGCGGUCCCCGCAAAGGCUGCACCCUCAAGUCCCAGAGAAAAGUGGACGACUGGAGGCAAGGUCGUACAGGCAUUAGUGAAAGGAUCGGGGGGCGGUGGUAGUGGUGUCACGGAAGGUGCCCGUGGAGACUCCUCGACAGCCUUCAAUGCAGCAACGAUCAUUGCACAGAAAAACAAUGAAUUGGCUAUACUUGAAAAGAAAGUACGUGAACUCACGGAAGUCAACACAUUUUACACGGCUAUUGUCUUGCGCCAUGACGAAGAACAAAUUCAGGGGGUAUUGAAGGAUAGUCUCUCCAAAAAGGAACCGAGCGCUGUGACAGAUAUUGAAAUCACUUCAUUACAUGAACGUAUUGGUUUCUUGGAGAAUGAGCGAGAUAAUUUGCAGCGGGUCGUGCGUCAACAGAAUCAGGAGAAGCAGGUCCUCAUGAAGGAGCUUCAAGAACACCGUGAAGAGCUUUCUCGUUUGGAGCUGGAUCUGGUGGCGGCGGAACGCUGGAAAGUAUCCUUAGCUACUCCCUCUGAGACAGUAGAAGGCAUGCCCUCCGUUCAUAUCUCUUCCUCAGUACAAAGCGAAGAGUUUUCCCCAUUGCGAGCAUCGGCACAGUUAGUAGAUCAGAUUCAGCAUAAAAACAAGCGUGGUAAAUCCACGCUUAACAUACCCACUCGGCCCCGGGCUACCGACUCUCCAGUUGACACACAUACGCCACCACGUAAUCUCGCAAUCGGCAGAAGUCCGCAUUAUUUGGAUACACUUCCUGAGAUCCGUUUGUGGAACCCAUCUAAACAGGAGAAAAUUCUUUUGGAACGUGUCGAAUUGUAUCGUAAAUGCAUCGAUGAAAUGCAAGCUUUUGAAUUGGACCGUCAGCGGGGCUUCGAUGAAAUUGAACGUGCGCGUGCAGAGCUUUUCACCGAGAUGAACACGAAACUUGAGGAACAGCGUCGAGAGAUUUAUCGCCUAAACAAAAGGAUUGCCGAGUCCGUCAGUGUGUGCAGAAAAGAAGAAGAAAAAAAGAACUUGGAGCAGCGCCCCGUGAAUGAUGUUGUUACUUCACCCAUAGUGGAUUCUCUGCAAGAUGAGCAUGUUAGCAUGCCAUCUUGUGAGGCAUUCUCCUCGGUUUCCGCUGGGGUGAAUCGUAUGCUGAGAAAAGAGGGAGCUGAAUAUGAUCAUGCAGAAAAAAAAGCAAGAGAAGGAAACGACUACAUUGACGGAGAGGAUGUGAAUGUGGUUAAAGAAGUAUUGCUGGAAUUUUUGGGAGCUGCUGCUGCAUCAUCAGAGAUGAGUGUACCGGGGAAGGAAGAGGUGGAAAUGGCAGAGGAGAAGCAACUCACUAAAUUUGGCGGAGACGAUGAAGAUGUGAACAAACAGGAUAGCCCGUUGGAGGCAGAGACAGACGGGCUGCAGGAGAUUUACGAUUCAUCCUUACCAAAAGUGGACUGGGCAUGGAAGCUAAUGGAUAUGGCUGAAGAAAUUGGACGGUUAGGCAUCUAUUGCGAAGAGGGAGAAGAAGCGGUCGGAAUGUCGCUGCGGAGUCGAUCGGCCACUGCUGCGCUGGUAGCGGGGCUCACCGUGCAAGUCGCGGAAUCCUCAAAGAAGAUGGAGGUUCUUGAAACCGCGCUUGUUGAGAUGCGGGUCUCUGUUUCCUCUCUUGAGGGACGGGAACGAGAACUUGUGGCAGAGGUUGGACGAUUACAAGAGGAGAUGACAUCUAUGAUGGAAGCAGACAAAGUCAAGAAAAAAUUGACGGCGAAACGCGAGGUUUUCACCCCCUCCUUGACCGAUGUCGCUUGCACAGAAGAGCCCUGGGAGCCCCUGCAAUGCGUAUGCCAGGCGUACAGUGAAGUGGUAAAUGCACAGAUCGCACUUCUGCGUGCAGCUUCCGCCAUUGUCGCUGUACCCAAAAUUUCAGACGAGGAGUUUGAGAAUUUUUGCAAGGCACUGGAUGCUAUUGUGACGAAAGAUGAUCGCGUUAACAAUGGCAUCAACGAAAAGGAUGGAAGAGGCAUUCCCUCAAGCUUUAAGUUUGUUGAAGAAGAGGGUUCUGAAAAACAGCUGGGGAGGAAAUCUUCACCGUUAAAGACGGCACCGCUACAAUCUUCAGAGACAUCGACAUUUUACAUAAAGCACUCGCCUGGUCUUUUCUCUGCCCCAAUGGCGACUUCUGGGAGCGGAAAAAAAAAUGCCCAAACCGGCAACCAUUACUUAUUCUCUGAAUUCCCGUCGACCCAAGCAGCCGAUCCUCAAAGUGAAACCAGUGGAUUUUGCUUGGACAAAAGUCCCGCCGCGUUUUAUUUCACAUUGGAAAGUGAAAAUGAAAACGAUAAACGUUCCCCACCGCCCGCUGACGCGGCAGGAUCAUCUCCGCAGGAGACAUACCCCGCCUUCUUUGCAGAGAAACAUUCGCACAAAGCCUCCAAUGCAGCACCUAACAGAAGCAUUGCGUCACCUUUGGGUUCAGAGUCACCCGGACGAUUUGCACCGGAUCCUUUGGAUUAUUUCGUAAAAUCCCGUGAGAUGGGUAAAGAUACGCAACGCGACGGCAGCGUUCACGGUAACGCAACCAACGUGAAAAACUUUUUGGACCUCUUUGGCGCGGCACCUUCCGAAGAAUCACAUUCAAAGCAGGGGGGAGAUAACAACGCCUUUGUUGCCGAGUUUGAUCCCUUUGCUUGA